UCCGGAAUAAAGCAAGUCGGCUGAGCGUGGACCUAAAUCUUCUGUUUUCGGGUGGUUAAAGACUCGAUUAAUAGAAUGGACGGUGGUUUUGAAGACCAAGAGCUGCGUGAAGCGCAGAGAGAGUACUUGGAUUUUCUCGAUGAUGAUCAAGAUCAAGGUGUUUAUCAUGGGAAAGUAAGAGCAAUGGUCUCAGAAAAUCGCUGUCGUUUAAUUGUCAAUAUUAACGAUCUCCGAAGAAGAAAUGAGAAGAGAGCCAACUUGUUGGUUAAUGAUGCGUUUAAGGAGCUCAUUGCUUUUCAAAGAGCCUUAAAAGAUUUUGUGGCCUCCGUUGAUGGGACCUAUGCCAAGCAGUUUGAAGAGUUCUUUGUGGGCCUGGAAGGAAGUUUCGGAGGGAAGCACGUCUCCCCACGCACGCUGACUGCACGUUUACUUGGCAACAUGGUCUGUGUCGAAGGAAUCGUCACCAAGUGCUCACUGGUGAGGCCCAAGGUGACCCGUAGUGUACACUACUGUCCCGCUACUAAGAAAACGCUUGAAAGGAGGUACACUGACCUCACCUCUUUAGAUGCUUUUCCUUCAAGUGCAAUCUACCCAACUAAGGAUGAAGAGAAUAAUCCUUUAGAGACUGAAUUUGGGCUCAGUACUUACAAGGACCAUCAGACGCUGACUAUCCAAGAGAUGCCCGAAAAGGCACCUGCAGGCCAGUUGCCUCGCUCGAUUGACAUAAUCACCGACGAUGAUCUGGUUGACAAAGUCAAGCCUGGAGACAGAGUGCAGCUGGUAGGAGUCUAUCGUUGUCUCCCAGCCAAGCAUGGAGGCUACACUUCAGGCACGUUCAGGACAACCCUGCUUGCCAACAAUAUAAAGCUUCUGAGCAAGGAAAUGGCUCCUACGUUUUCUGCUGAUGAUGUGGGCAAGAUAAAGAAGUUCAGUAGAACCCAUUCCAAAGAUGUCUUUGAACAUUUGAGCAAGUCGCUGGCACCUAGUAUCCAUGGCCAUGAGUAUAUUAAAAAAGCAAUUCUGUGUCUGUUGCUUGGAGGAAAUGAGAAGAUUUUGGAAAAUGGGACGCGUAUAAGAGGCGAUAUCAAUAUCUUACUUAUAGGCGACCCUUCUGUGGCGAAGUCCCAGCUGCUGCGCUAUGUGCUCUUCACGGCUCCGCGGGCCAUUCCCACCACUGGAAGGGGGUCGUCAGGGGUGGGCUUGACCGCAGCCGUCACCACGGAUCAGGAGACCGGGGAGCGCAGGCUGGAGGCCGGGGCCAUGGUGCUGGCGGACCGAGGCGUCGUCUGCAUCGACGAGUUUGACAAGAUGUCGGACAUGGACCGGACCGCCAUCCAUGAGGUGAUGGAGCAGGGCCGCGUCACGAUCGCCAAGGCGGGGAUCCAGGCCCGGCUGAACGCUCGCUGCAGCGUGCUGGCCGCAGCCAACCCGGUUUACGGGAGGUAUGAUCAAUAUAGAACCCCAAUGGAGAAUAUUGGACUGCAGGACUCUCUGCUGUCAAGAUUUGAUCUGUUGUUCAUAGUCUUGGACCACAUGGACCCCGACAGUGACAGAGAGAUCUCUGAGCAUGUUCUUCGUAUGCACAGAUACAGAGCUCCCGGAGAGCAAGACGGCACUGCUCUGCCACUGGGUUGCACAAUAGAUCUGUUUGCCACAGAGGAUCCAAAUAUUACCGAAGCAGCUGACCGAGAACUUCAGAUAUAUGAAAAGCGGGACAACCUUUUACACGGACAUCGAAAGAAAAAAGAGAAGAUAGUCAGCAUGGAGUUCAUUAAGAAGUACGUACAUGUUGCCAAGCUGAUGAAGCCCCUGCUGACCCAGGAGGCUGCGGACUUCAUCUCUGAAGAGUACUCCAGGCUGAGGAGUCAUGAUCACCUGAACUCCGACUCCGCUCGGACGAUGCCAAUCACGGCCAGAGCUCUGGAGACCAUGAUCCGAUUGGCCACGGCCCACGCGAAAGCCAGGAUGAGCAAAGCCGUUGAACUUCAGGACUCUCAGGCGGCUCUGGAGCUCAUUCAGUUUGCUUACUUUAAAAAGAUUUUGGACAAAGAAAAAAAGAAAAAGGUGGACAUGGACAGCAUGAAUGGCGACAUCCCUCAAAGUCAAGAGGAUUCAAGCCAGAGAAGCAUGAGAAAGAGUUCUAGGCUCAUGUCCAAGGAUCUGGAUUCGACUGAAGCCGAGGACAUGGAUUGCUAUGACUUCAGCCUUGAUGAACAGCAUGCAGAUGUGCAGCUGGGUUCUGGACAAAGGCACAGACGUGCAGAGGACAGAGGAACACCAAAGAAAAAGACUGAAGUCCACAAAGACAGGCUGAAACUGUUCAAGGCGGCGUUGCUGAAAGCUUUCAAAGCGACCCGCUCUCAGUCCAUCUCGAUUCCAGAGGUCAUCGCAAACAUCAAUAAAGGCAAUAAUGACCCGUUUGAGCCCGACGAAGUCAAACAGCUUCUCGGUCAAAUGCAAGAUGACAAUCAGGUUAUGGUGUCAGAAGAUGUUGUUUUCCUGAUAUAGUCCAGCUGACCGAUGACAUGUUUAAUUGAGAGGUUGUGUGUGCGCACUUUUGUAAUUUCACUUUUGUAAAUCUCUGUACAGCUGUAUAUAAAUGUUUGUUUUUCGUAAGGUGCCAGUGUCUGCAAUUGGGUCCACCCAAGUGUGUUGAAGUUUCACUCAAGGAUAAAUCUUAAAAGUACAGCCAUCAUUCUUGCGCUGUAAGCUAGUAAACUUAAAUUUUAAGGUCUAUAUAUUUAGAGUAUUGAGUCAUUUACUCUUCCUAAUGCUUUUUAGAAGGAAUAAAAUAUGAAAGUUAAAAUGCUGUAAGUCACUGUGCAUAUAGGUUGUUCAAUAAAAAACGCUCUUUAUGAA